ACUACCAUAUUCCAACUACCUGACAUACCAAACCACUGCGACCAUCUACAUCUUCACUCAAAAUCAUCACAAAAACUCACGACCAUCACCCAAGAUGCCUAUCUUCCGUACCCUGACUACCAAACUCAAAACCUCUCUGUCUUCCUCCCCGGAUUCUUCACCAGAACAAUCACCUACUUCACCCCAAGUUUCCUCCUUUGAGAAGGUCAACGGACGCAAAGAAACGAGUGUUAGCGGUGCCGUGAAGAGGCCUGAAGUGCAAGCUAGAGCCGACUCGUACAUGACGCAAUCGAGCAAUGCAAGCAACGAGAGUGUAGAAGAAAAGAAACAGCGAAGGAUGAGCCGAUUCAGGGAAGAACUAGACUUUGAGGCUGAGGACUGAAUGAGGAUGUGAGAAAGUAACAAGGAGUGCGGUGUCAUCAAAUGUAUG